GCAACACGCCCCCCCGCCCUGUGCGAUGACGUGUCAACGAAGUGCCGGAAGCCUCCAGUCUGAGCAAAAUGGCUUACCAGACACUACAACAAGAGUACCUGCAGAUCCCCGUCGUUACCCGGGCCUACACGACCGCGUGUGUCCUCACCACGGCGGCAGUGCAACUGGAGAUCAUCACACCCUUUCAGCUAUACUUCAAUCCGGAUCUGAUUCUAAGGAAUUACCAGGUAUGGAGAUUAAUAACCAACUUCCUGUUUUUCGGUCCCGUUGGCUUCAAUUUCCUGUUCAACAUGAUAUUUCUGUAUAGAUACUGUCGGAUGCUGGAGGAGGGCUCCUUCAGGGGACGCACGGCCGACUUUGUCUUCAUGUUCCUCUUUGGGGGGCUUCUGAUGACCAUAUUCGGCACCUUCGUAAGUCUGGUGUUUCUGGGCCAAGCCUUCACCAUCAUGCUGGUGUACGUGUGGAGCCGGCGAAAUCCCAACGUCCGCAUGAAUUUCUUUGGCCUGCUGAAUUUCCAGGCGCCCUUCCUGCCCUGGGUGCUGAUGGGGUUCUCACUUCUGCUGGGGAACUCCAUCAUUGUUGAUCUUUUAGGCAUCGCUGUGGGCCAUGUGUACUUCUUUCUGGAGGAUGUUUUCCCCAACCAGCCGGGGGGUGGAAGAUGGCUCAAGACCCCAUCUAUCAUAAAGAUGCUGUUCGACACACCAGAGGAAGACGCCAACUACAACCCUUUGCCCGAGGAGCGCCCGGGAGGGUUUGCCUGGGGGGAGGGACAGCGCCUCGGAGGUUAAAUAUGCCCACAGACGGUGGAAGGACAUUCCCUCAGAGAGACGAAGGGGACAAACGUGGUCUUUGAUUUUGACUGGUUUGUUUAGUUCUGGAUGAAGAAUGCCAAAUAUAGAGAUAACGUCUGUUGUCAUGGUAAAUGGGCCUCUAUCAUUCUCAGAAACUCUUCUUGAUGCGAGAUCCUUGCUCUAAGACAGUUUGAGAGAUCACAAGCUUCUGAUGGAACUCUGGAUCACGAAGCUCAGGAUCCCAUGAUGUUUUUUUUCCAAUCUAAAAAAGGAUAGAAAACAACUGUCAUAUUAAAGAGAAAUAAAUGACAGCAGAAAAAUAUCUAAGUGAAUUUAUUCAGAUGGUGAGUGCAUUUUUUUCUCCCCAUUUCACUUUUUAAAGAAAUAAAUGUGUGGAAAAUUAUAAUUUGGUUUCAUCUCUUUGGUCUCGGUUGCAAGAAGUAUUAAUUGUAACCCCAAAAAUAUUGAUUUCUUGAAUUGAUGCAUAUAAAUAACAUUAUUGUCUGUAGAAAGGGUCUUGUAACUGCAUUCCCUAUUCUCACAGUCACAGUCGUAUAAAAAUAUCAAGAUCUUUGCUAUUUCUUCAACUUCAGGUUUUAACUUCUAUCGUGUUGUUUUCACCACCGCACUCCUUUUGGGUUUUAUUUGACACAAACGGCCUUUACACGUUUCUGUAGUUCUGUCAUAUACAAAAAAGAUGAGUCUUGCCUAUUUAUUUGUUACAACACCUUUGGUUACUUUCCAGUUUGCACACAUUUUGUAUUUUGUUUAUCUUUAAAUGUUACCAUUUGAUUGGGUUUGUAGGAAAUGGAUGAUGAAUCCUGGCUGACAAUAUUUGGCGCAUGUCUGUUGCUCUAGAAAGGAGAUAAAAAAAAAUGCUAAUAAGAUGUGUGUCAUGCAUAUGUCAAAUCAAUAGGAGGAUUGAAAAGCUUUGUUUAAUUGUGCUUAAAAAGAUAUGGUCCAAAUUUGAGUUGGUGAUAAUCUAUACUCUGUAAGAAUGGACUGUUGUGUAUUCUUUUAUGAAUCACAAAUUAUGGUGUUUUGCACUUCUUCUCUAAUCUCAAGAAAUACAAAUGUAGUUGGAUUUUGUGAUCAGAGACCUAACAAGUUAUAAUUGGCAUUAUUCAAUGUAUCGCAUUCUAAUGUUUACGUUCCUACAUAUCAUUCUUAUGUGUGUGCUUCGCCUGUUUUGUUCAUUUGUUUUAUAUGGUAGUAUAGCAAGUGGGGUUUUAAAUUUGAUAAAUUCCCAAUGAAAUGGUAAUGCCAUAUUAAUUCAACCUUGUGUGUAGUGGCUGGUGGCCGCUUUUCACCGGGAGCGGCGCUAGUGAGCUUUGGAAGCGGUUCUUCUACCUUUCUAAAGGAAGAGUAACAAACCAAUGCAGCGUUUGUGAUUUUCGGAAAUAAAUAUUCUCCAAAAA